AUGAAAAAUGAACCAAUUCUUGAUCUGUUUUUGCUACAGAAAAGUCAAAAAUUAUACAACUUAAAUAAGAAAUUGAAGCCACAAGUUCAAAAAUUGAUCCCUGUCAUCUUCUGCCACGGCGGUGGAUUUGUCUUCUUCAUUCCCAACUUUGUGUGCUACAACACAUUUUGUCGACGUCUGGCUCGCAAGUGCCAUGCACUAGCGAACUCUGUGCACUACAGGAGAGAGUUGCUAACGAGUUUUUUGAAUUCAAUCACAUGUUUCAAAUCGUUUGUGCAAGUUACAAGUAUUCCUCUGACGAGUAUGUGUGGGUACAAACGAGCACUGGAGCACAAAUUCCUCGUCACCUAUGAUGAUUGCUUCACUGCACUGGAGUGGCUUCAAUCUGGACAAGCAACUCAGUACCUUCCUUGGAGCAUCGACCCCCCAUGUACUGACUUGUCAAGAGUUUAUCUCUGUAGCGACAGCGCGGGUGGCAACAUUGUGCACCACAUUGCAAUUCAAGCAUCCGAGACGGAUAUCAGUUCAUUGUGCAUUAAAGGCCUGAUGCUGCUCAGUCCGCUCUUUGGUGGGCAGGAAAGGAUCCCGGCCGGAAUUCGCGUGAGAAACGUCCCUGUGGUGUCAAUGAAGAGAUUAGACUUUAGCGCGCUUACUUUUCACAUUCCACAUUGCAGCUAG